CUGAGCAGAGUGCGGGCUGUGUGGGCGAGGGGAGGACGUGCUGCCCCCUGUAUCCUCGGCUCCCCUUCCUUUAUAUAUGCCCUCUCCCCUCCCUGUGCCCCCUUAAGUGUGUCCCCCCCUGCUGCCAGCAUGGAGCUCUGCAGAGCAGGAGGCUUGUGGCUUCUCAUUACUGCGGGCAUUCUACUUCUUUUACCCCAGCAGAGCUUCUCCUGCCCCAGCCGGUGUCUGUGCUUCCGAACCACGGUGAGAUGCAUGCAUCUGAUGCUGGAGAACGUCCCCACCGUGUCCCCCCAGACCACUAUACUGGAUUUGCGUUUCAAUAGAAUAAAGGAUAUUCACCCGGGUGCGUUUAGAAGUCUAAAGAAUCUGAACACAUUACUUCUAAACAACAAUCAGAUUAAGAGGAUCCCAAGCGGAGCAUUUCAAGAUCUAGAGAGCCUCAAAUACCUCUAUUUGUACAAGAAUGAAAUCCAAUCCAUUGACAGGCAAGCUUUUAAAGGACUUGCCUCUCUAGAGCAACUGUAUCUUCAUUUUAACCACAUUGAAACCCUAGAACCAGAAUCUUUUCAUCAUCUACCCAAGUUGGAGAGAUUGUUUUUACAUAAUAAUCGAAUCACUCACCUGGUGCCUGGCACUUUCAGUCAGCUGGAGUCUAUGAAAAGACUGCGUUUGGAUUCCAAUGCUCUCCAUUGUGACUGUGAGAUCCUUUGGCUGGCGGAUCUUCUGAAGAUCUACUCGGAAUCUGGUAAUGCCCAAGCAGCCGCUACUUGUGAGUACCCACGAAGACUGCAGGGAAGAUCUCUAUCCACCAUUACACAGGCAGAACUGAAUUGUGAGCGGCCAAGGAUUACCUCAGAGCCUCAAGAUGUGGACGUUACCUUUGGGAACACUGUGUACUUCACAUGUCGAGCUGAAGGCAAUCCCAAACCAGAAAUCAUCUGGCUCCGCAACAAAAAUGAAUUGAGCAUGAAAGAGGAUCACCGACUGAAUCUCCUAGAAGAUGGAACAUUGAUGAUCCAGAAUACUCAGGAGACUGACCAGGGGAUUUAUCAGUGUAUGGCAAAGAAUGUAGCCGGGGAAGUGAAGACACAUGAGGUCACGCUUCGAUAUUACGGGACGCCAGCCCGCCCAAGUUUUGUGAUACAACCACAAAAUACAGAAGUGUUGGUUGGUGAAAGUGUCACACUGGAGUGCAGUGCCGCUGGUCAACCACAACCGAGAAUAACAUGGACCAGAGGGGAUAGGACCCCACUACCCAGUGACCCUCGCAUCACUAUUACACCUUCUGGAGGACUGUACAUUCAGGAAGUCAACCAAGAGGAUGCUGGGGAGUACACAUGUUUUGCAACCAACACGGUGGAUACUAUUCACUCAACUGGUUACAUCAUAGUCCAAGCCAUCCCACAGUUCUCGGUUGUUCCACAGGAUCGGAAUGUAUUUGAAGGCCACACUGUAGACUUCCAUUGUGAAGCACAGGGGAACCCAUCGCCAGUUAUUGCCUGGACCAAAGGAGGGAACCAGCUGUCUGUUGACAGAAGGCAUCAAGUUUUGCCCACUGGGACCCUACGGAUACUUCGCGUUGCUCUCCACGACCAGGGACAGUACGAGUGUCAGGCUGUGAAUAUCGUGGGAUCUAAAAGUACUUCGGCACAGCUGACCGUACAAGCCAGAGUGACCCCUGUUUUUGCUACUGUGCCCAAUGACAUGACUGCCGAGGUUGGUUCAGAAGUUCAAAUUCCUUGCAGCUCCCAAGGAGAUCCUUUACCUAUUAUAACCUGGAACAAGGAUGGCAUACAAGUCACCGAAAGUGGGAAAUUCCACAUUAGCCCUGGCUAUUUAGCUAUCCGCGAUGUCGGCCCUGCAGACCAAGGACGAUAUGAAUGUGUGGCCAGAAAUAGCAUUGGCUAUUCUUCCACCAGCAUGGUUCUGACUGUGACCGUUCCUGAAGUCAGUCGUACCGGGGAUCCCUUUGUUACCGUAUCCAUAAAUGAAGCCAUCGCCACAGUCGACAGGGCGAUCAACUCAACACGGUCGCAUUUAUUUGACGGUCGCCCCCGUUCUCCAAAUGACCUUCUGGCCCUCUUCAGAUAUCCCAGAGAUCCAUACACAGUGGAACAAGCUAGAGCAGGGGAGAUAUUCGAGCGAACCCUCCAGCUUAUUCAAGACCAUGUUCAGAAUGGUUUGAUGGUUGACCUAAAUGGGACAAGUUAUCACUACAAUGAUCUUGUAUCCCCUCAGUACCUGAACCUCAUUGCCAACCUGUCAGGAUGUCGAGCUCACAGGCGGAUCAAUAAUUGUACCAAUAUGUGCUUCCACCAGAAGUACAGAACCCAUGAUGGCACCUGCAAUAACCUCCAGCAUCCCAUGUGGGGCGCAUCUUUAACAGCUUUCGAACGACUAUUAAAAUCAGUGUAUGAGAAUGGAUUUAAUUUGCCAAGGGGAGUAAGCCCUGAUAGGGUGUAUAAUGGAUAUCCUCUUCCUCUGCCUCGUACGGUUUCUACAACUUUGAUCGGAACUCAUACGGUAACUCCGGAUGAACAAUAUACUCACAUGUUAAUGCAGUGGGGACAGUUCCUUGAUCACGACCUGGACUCUACAGUAGUUGCUCUAAGUCAGGCUAGAUUUUCUGAUGGACAGGAUUGCAGUUCAGUCUGUACGAAUGAUGCCCCAUGCUUCCCUGUCAUGAUUCCCCCAAAUGACCUGCGAGUCAGAAAUAACGCUCGCUGUAUGUUCUUUGUGCGUUCUAGUCCUGUUUGCGGAAGUGGAAUGACCUCUUUGCUGAUGAACUCUGUCUGUCCUCGGGAACAAAUGAACCAGUUGACCUCUUACAUUGAUGCCUCUAAUGUCUAUGGAAGUUCUGAUCAUGAAGCCCAGGAGAUCAGAGAUUCUGCUAGUCACAGAGGCCUUUUGAAACAAGGCAUUGUUCAACGAUCCGGAAAACCACUUCUACCUUUUGCAACUGGACCACCUACUGAGUGUAUGAGGGAUGAAAAUGAAAGUCCUAUUCCAUGCUUCUUAGCUGGUGAUUUCCGGGCCAAUGAGCAGCUAGGUCUGACCAGCAUGCAUACUGUAUGGUUUAGAGAACAUAACAGAGUUGCUGCAGAAUUGCUUAGACUAAACCCUCAUUGGGAUGGUGACACAAUCUACCAUGAGGCUCGCAAGAUUGUCGGAGCUGAAAUGCAACACAUAACCUAUGCCCAUUGGCUGCCAAAGAUUUUCGGAGAAGUUGGUAUGAAAAUGCUCGGGGACUACCAAGGUUAUGACCCCAACAUAAAUGCUGGAAUUCUUAAUGAGUUUGCAACAGCGGCCUUUAGAUUUGGCCACACACUUAUCAAUCCAAUGCUUUUCAGACUGGAUGAAAACUUUCAACCAAUCCCACAAGGUCAUUUGCCUCUUCACAAGGCCUUCUUCUCUCCAUACAGGAUUGUCAAUGAAGGUGGAAUUGAUCCUCUUCUACGAGGCCUUUUUGGGGUGGCAGGCAAAAUGCGUGUUACGUCUCAGUUGUUAAACACAGAGCUGACAGAAAAACUGUUCUCAAUGGCUCAUACUGUGGCCUUGGAUUUGGCAGCGAUCAACAUUCAGAGAGGACGCGACCACGGAAUACCGCCAUAUCAUGACUUUCGGGUAUUUUGCAAUCUUUCCACUGUGCACACUUUUGAAGACUUGAGGAAUGAAAUUCAGAAUCCAGAUGUCAUCGAGAAGCUAAGAAGGUUAUACGGCUCACCACUAAAUAUAGAUCUUUUCCCUGCACUAAUGGCGGAAGAUAUCAUUCCAGGCAGCAGGUUGGGGCCUACACUCAUGUGCCUGCUUACUACUCAAUUCAGAAAUCUAAGGAAUGGUGACAGGUUUUGGUAUGAGAAUCCUGGUGUGUUCACGCCGGCUCAGCUGACACAGAUCAAGCAGACCUCCCUAGCAAGAGUCCUCUGUGACAAUGGAGACAACUUCACCAAUGUACAGCCAGAUGUGUUUAAAGUAGCAGAGUUCCCACAUGGUUACGUUAGCUGUAAGCGGAUACCUCAGCUGGACCUCCGCCUCUGGAAAGAUUGCUGUGAAGACUGUAGGUCAAGAGGGCAGUUUAGCUCUUUCUCUGGUCACUUCCGAGGUAAACGUUCCGCAGAACAUAGCUAUAAAGAAGAAAAACCCCAAGAUGCACUUUCAACCAAUGAAGUUUCUAACUCUCAAAAUAUGAAUACCACUUUUAGCACUGAACAACCGAAGAAUAUGCCACUUGUCAGCGACUUCAAGGAUUUUGUUCUUGAUAUGCAAAAGACCAUUACAAGUCUAAGAAAACAGAUCAAAAAGCUUGAAUCGCGGCUAAGCAGUACGGACUGCACUGAUGAAAAUGGAAGGACACGCACCACUAACGAAAGAUGGAAUAAAGAUCCUUGUACAAAAUGUGAAUGUAAAAAUGGGUCCAUUACGUGUUUUGUGGAAUCCUGCCCUGCUGCUCCAUGUAUAGCGCCAAUAAAAACAGAAGGAACUUGCUGUCCAGUCUGCACAGAUGCUACACAGACCACAUAACACUAUACACGGACAUGGUUCCGUAGAACAGAAGUCCUCCAACCCAGGGUUACAGCAGACAUGUCUACACUGCGCAAUUUUUUUUUUUUUUACAAUUUUUUUUCUUCUUCAUUCAGCACUCCCACAGUAUCGUACAAUGGUUGUUUUUGUAUCUUUUUCUUUUUUCUUUUUUUUAUAACUAGUUACACCUAAAGUGGUCUCUCUUUUUAAAGGGAAGUAUAUAAAGCAAUGACAGGAUAUUAACAUUUGUGUCAGCCAUAUUUUAUUGGUUAAACGCUUCUCAGGUUGGGAAUACAAACUGGUGCUAAAUACGAUAUCUUGCCACAUUGGCGCAACCUUGUUAAGAUCCUAGCGACCCCACAAACAGCAAAUUCCCUUAUGUUUAAAGAAACUUCCGGUAUGUUUAAAGAUUUUAUACAAACUUAUCAUGUAGUCAUGGCAGUCAAUUAUUUAAGAGAAAAUAAUCUUGUUUUUAUUUUUAUUUUGCUUUGAGGAGAAGUAUACCCUUGGUCUCUGUGAGAGUUUCUCCAUUUUAUAUUAACUCAGGCCUAGCUCUGAUAAGAAUGUUGAAUAUAUAUUUCUACUUAUUUUUCUAUGCCUUUGAUAAUAAAACUUCCAGUUAAACGGAGGGUUGUCUGCGAUAAGACAAAAAGGACGCUCCACCUGCCCAUAGGCUGUAUCUGGCAUUGCAGAUCAUCUCUUUUUAAAGUAAAUUGAACUGAGCUGCAAUACCACACGCGACAAUGGGGGGGGGAGUCUGUUUUUGGAAGACAGUAGGCGUGUCAUUCUAAUCCCCUUAAGGGGUUUUCCCACAAAGAUAAAUGGGUGUAUACUGGUGCAUUUUGUGGAAUUAAACACAUUUCUCAUGUGCAACCAUUUCUGAAAAUGUUCAUACUUACUAAUACCCCAUAUACCUACUUUGUUCUGCCCUGCUGUUUGUGGUAACAAUAGUCCUAAAGGGAAUCUGUCAGCUGUAUUUUCUGCUAAGAGAUGCAGACACUGUUGGAGAGAUUUCAGGGAAUAAUAGUAAACUGCACCUUUCCUGGAGCUGAUGGUGGUUGCCAAACGUAUAAAAUUGCCCUUCUGCUUCUCAGCCAAGUGUCAAGGUGGAAGGGCCGAGCUGCUCAAGUGCCACAGCCUGGCCUUCCUCCUCACUCACUUUCACCUCUCAGCCCCACCUUGAUUUGAAGCCGAGCCUUGUACAUCAAUUAAGGGUGGGUUGGGAGAGUGAAGAGACAGGACAGGCUGUGGCUCUUUAGCAGCUCAGCCCCGCCUCCUUGACACUUGGCUGAUAAAGAAAAAAACUAUUUUAAAAGUUUGGCAACCGAUAUCUGUUCCAGGAAAGAUAUAUUGUUUUUUAUAUCUUUACAGCAAUACCAUGGUGUCUGCAGCACUUUGCAGCAGAUACAACGUGACAGAUUCAAUUUAAAAGCUGGUGGAGCAUGCUCAGUUCAAUUGCGUGUUUCUCCUUUUAUAUAUAUGUCCUUCUUUACAUGUAUGUGGCACACAUUUGAUUUUACCAACUUUUCUUCUUCCUGGGAAAACCCCUUUUAGGCAUUGCACAGAUGGACACACAGUUGUGGCCUGACUAAUUUUUGGUUCAAUUAUUUAGUUUCCCCCGUUUUUUUAAUCGUCUGCUGCACAGUGUUAUUGUUUUUUAUGCAGUCAUAAUUCUUCAUAAAGAUGUUUUAAUUGACACGUUUAUCUGAAUUCUAUUUCUGUGUUUUUAUUAAGUAAUCUUAUUUGCUAUGUACAGUGGAGGUAGCCAUUUUGUUAACCAGUAUUCAAAGAAGUCUGUAAAUGCACUGUUCACUAGUGCCCCCACCAUCUAUACACAUUGGGGGACUCAAUAUUAUACUAUGAUUAUAUAGAUGUACACCUAGUGGCCUAAGCUUGCAUCUUCAAUUAUCGUCAAUGGGUUGUUUGCCUGGAUAAUUUUCUCUUUAAAAUUCACAUACUGGAUAAAAAAAUGGGUACAGGGACUCGCUCACAUUGCCGUUGUGCUCUGGUAUAUGGAGCUCUGUCAUCAAGUCAAUCGGAUCAACAGGAGUUUAGCGGAGAAAAAACAGUGCAUGCACCAUUUUUGUUUCUCUGCAUAACUACUGUAAACUACUGGACUCCUGACAGAUUCCAUUUAAGUCAUUGGGACCCGUUGGGACCCGGUGGUGUCAGGUGUGCUACGACCCAUUUUGGGGCCUUUUGGGGUAAAAAAAAAAAAAAAAAAAAAGGAGCCCAAACAGAAGGAAGCACAAUGACAAUAUAAACUUAGCCUAACUCAUCUCUCCAAUUUACUGCCGCCAAUAUUGUUCUGAUAUUCUGAGUCCCAGCUGAUCUCCAAUUCCUGGACCUCCCUUCACAUGCAGGAGAUACCUGCUUAGCCAGUCACUAGCUGAGUUGAGUCACUGCUGUGGCCAGUGAUUGGCCCACUCAGCAUUUCCUAUGCAUUUCCUGUGUGCUGAUACGGGACUAGGAAGUGGAGAUCAGCAAGGAUCUAGAAUGGCAGUGGUGGUGGAUCAGGAGGUUAAUUUUAUUUUUCCGUCAUCUACUUUUCCAUUUUAAAGUUAAACUUCUCCUGCCGGACAGCCUUUGUAAUGGUUUGGGUUCAUAUAUCCAAAUUAAUGGAAGGACAACAAUCAUACCUCAUUUCUCCUUUUGAAUGGUGCUCGGUAGACAGUAAAACAUGGACUGAUGUAUUGUUCUCGUGUAAUUUCAUUUUAAUACUAUUCUUUCCAUAUACUGUACAUCUGCGUAUCAUGUUUCCAGUUGUGUCCAUCUGCACAACAAGGUUUUGAUUUGUAGAAUAACUGAUAAUAUAGCCUCAAAUCUACACGUGUUGCAGAAUGAACAUUCCAAGGAAAAUUCCAGGCUUUUUUUUCGAAUGAUGACUCUAGGGUUAGAAGCUUAACACCAGUUUUGUUUUUGCUUGUGCCCUAAGUAAUAGCUCUGCUUUCCGUCACCCAGGACACAGAUUCAGAUUGCUGCUCUAGCCCUGUAUCCAAAUUUCCUGGUUAAGGCACAGUGCAACAUCCACAUGCCCAACACCCUAGCAUUAAGCAGCCGGUGUGCGUGACCUGCCAGCCACGCUUCUAGAUAUGCCCCAGCUUACAUCUGUUCUUCGAACACCAACUCCUGUGUUGUUUUUUAUUAAUUUUUUUGUUUGUAUGUUUUUUUUUUAUAUGUUAUAACAUUUGUAUAGGAUUUAGGAACCUGAUUAAGUCAGUUAUUACAGCUGCCAAAGUUUAACCACCAAGAUUGUUUAUGAAUCUAAGAAGGAAAUAUUUCUUUGUCAUGAGUUAGUAGGCCAGUAUAUAAUUAAAAAAAAAAGUUGACCAACCUACUUUACGAAGGUAGACCCUUCAGACUGCUACUUGUGAUUGUACACCAGUGUCCUAACAGAAUCUGAAGGCGACUAAAUGUAUUUGUAACAUUUCAGAAAUACUACAUUUUGCUAAGAAUACUACUAAUUUUUUUCUAUUCAUAGUUACCGUAUGCUAGUUCUUUAUGGUUUGUAGCCAUGGAAAUAUAUUUUUUUCAUUGUAGAUUCCAAACUUUGGUGGCAUUAUGUUGUCCUGUAGAACGUUUUUACUAAUGUCAUAUGUUCUCUUUAACAAAGAUGAAACAAUUUACAGUCCGUCAAAGAAACAGCAAAAGAAAGUUGUCACUGUCACGUACUGUUUGAGGAGGUAAUGUGAACAGCAGUUAUUUCCCAGGAUCCCAACUGGUGCUCAAUCCUGACCACAAACACUUGGAUACACUUAGCAAAAGAAGAUAUGGAGGCACUCGAUACUUCAGCAAUAUCCAGUUUGUUCGGUCA